AUGAACGAAUACGGUGAAAUUGGUAGCGAUUUAAGCGAUUUCGAAUCCGCUUUUGGUGAUCGUCCCUUGUACAAGGCCGAAGAAACCUCUUUGGCCUCGCUUUUCAAGGAACUUUCGGAAGAGAGGUAA